UCUGAUAUCUCUGAUGUAUAUAUAACCCAGUAGCAAUCUCUAUCUCCUUCACAUCAUUCUCUCCCAAAAGGUGAAGCUGUGAAGAGAAGGAAAAGAAAAACAUAUAGAUAUUUGGAGAAGAAAGGGUAUUGUAUAUCCGAAGAAGACUUCAGGGUCAACAAGAAUGGUUAGAGUUCCGGUGAGGUUUGAGAGGGUAGCAGCGGCGUUUCACGACGUGUCGUGGGUGCGUCUUGGCGAGAGCAGCGGGAGCGAGCACUCGCCGGAGAGUUUCACAGAUUUAUCGGAUCUUGUGAACUCGUUCAUUGAAAGAGACGGUGGAGCAUUUGAUAGAGAUCAUGACAAAGAGGUUGUGGAUAAUGAGAAGGAGCAAAACCAUGCAGAGUCGUCGGAUUCGUCUGAAUCCGAGACCAAGGAUAUGCUGCAGAGCCUGUUUGGUUCCGACGACGAUGGUGGUGAUCGGGAUGAGAUUCGCGCUGCAACAGAGCUUGCAAGCAAAGGGCUGAUCGGCGACAGGUCGUCCCCGGGGUUUAAACGACAACUGAUGGCUCGUCUACGCGACAUGGGUUUCGAUGCCGGCCUUAGCAAAUCGAAGUGGGAGAAAACUGGGCGAUUCCCAUCUGGAAAUUAUGAAUACGUUGAUGUAAAUGUGUGUGGGAACCGAUACAUCGUUGAAGUUUUGCUUGCCAGAGAAUUUGAAAUUGCUCGUCCAACCAAUAAGUACACCUCAUUACUCGAUGUUUUCCCAUCGAUAUAUGUGGGUAAAGUGGAAGACCUGAAGCAAGUGGUGAGGCUGAUGUGCAAGUCCAUUAAAGAGUCGAUGAAAAGCAUGGGCAUGCCCGUACCGCCAUGGAGAAGAAACGGGUACAUGAACUCCAAGUGGUUUAGUUCUUACAAGCGGACAACAAAUGAAGUUCCAACCGGAAAAACAGAGUCUGAUGAGGCUUUCGCCGGAAAAAGAUCGGUCGGGUUUGAGGCCCUGCCUGUGAUAUCUCGCUAUUGCAGAGAUGAUUUUCAAAGCAAGGUUGGUUUAAGAGUUGGGAAUUUGGUUGCUGUGCUAAAUGGCAAUGGUGGGAUGGGCAUGGACUUGUAGUUAUAUUUUGCUUGAAAAGAAAUUGCUAGGAUAGGUAUAUUAUUUGGUGGCUGGGGGAAGGGUGUUUAUAGUUUUGAGUAGUAGCCUAUAUAAGUGAGAUUUUGUAGCAUAGUCAAUUUGGUUUUUCUGUUCAUAGGCAUCCAAUUGUAGCUAUUUUGUGGAACG